CCUCUACUGGACAGUGAUAAGGCCAAUAUACUGAGACUCAAGAGUUCACACUGUCAGAAGAAGAAGCUGCUGCUACAACUAAAAGCCGAAUCAACAAGACACAGUAACUCUCCAGGGACUAAGGGCAGAAAAAUGAAACACAGUGUGUUUUUUCUUUUGCUGCUGCUCUUGGGGACCUGCUCAGCCUAUGAAAAUGUGGCCUUGCGUGGCAAAGCAACUCAGUCAAUACGCUACAAAGAUGCUUUUUCAUCUGCUUCCAAUGCCAUCGAUGGAAACCUUGACUCGACUCACCAUCACGGAUCAUGCAGCAGUUCUGCGUUACAAACCAACCCCUGGUGGAGACUGGACCUACUGGAGCUCUACACAAUCUCCUACGUCACCAUCACCAACAGAGGAGACUGCUGUCCAGAAAGGAUCAACGGGGCAGAGGUUCACAUUGGCAGCUCUUUGAAUGACAAUGGUAUCACCAACCCACUGGUUGGUGUCAUUACUGCAAUCCCUGCAGGGGAGUCAUUCACUCUCUCUUUCACACCUGUGCAGGGACGUUAUGUGACUGUGGUUCUACCUGGUAAAAAAACACACUUAACACUCUGUGAAGUCGAGGUUCAUGGGUACCGAGCUGGUGAGGAAACCAGCAAUUCCUAAGGUGAGUGAUCACAACAACCCGGCAGGUGCUACUGUUGAACUCCAGCCUUCCAACAGGAUGGAUGGUCACUACGGUACCGUCGUUAUCCCUGGAAGACAGGAGCACCUGACCCUGUGAGAGGCCGAGGUUGAUGCCUCUGCCCUGGAUUCACUUUCAAAUUUUACUUGCAAGAACUUAACCAAUGCUGUCAAUAAUAUAAUCUACAACAGUCAUUUGUGAAAUAGGCCAUUCAUAAUGUUGUCUCACUGUCUCUUGUGAUUGUACUGCUACUGCUGCUGCUGCAUUAUAUAUCAUCUUUGCUUAAAAAAAACUUUAUUGAACUUGAGCAUUAAUGAAGAUAAAAAGUCUGACUUGUUUUUUAACAGCUGCUGUGUGCUGAGCAAAAUAAUACUGAUGGAUUAAAGUUAAGAAGGAAAAUAACUGGUUGAUCUCUAUGUUCAAACAUACAUUUAAGACAAAAAAAGCAAUGGGGCUGAUAGCGGGUAUUUUAUUUUAUUUUUUAAAAUACAGACAAAAUAGACAAAUAUUAUAAAAGACAUCUUGAACACAUUUACGC